AUGAGGAUCAUCGAAGCUAUUCAAGAAGAAGCGCGAGCAACGAAUGACGCAAUUAAGAAGGCAAUUUCAAGCGGAGACUCUUCAGUCCAAAAGUUUUACGACAACGCUGUGGUCUUUGUUACUGGCGGGUCAGGAUUUGUUGGCAAACACAUGAUCGAGAAAAUCUUUAGAUCAUCUAAUGUUAGAAAAGUCUACAUGUUGCUCCGAGUUAAGAAGGGGAAAGCUGUCCAAGAAAGACUUAAAGCUGUUUUGGAUGAUCCGCUUUUCGAAGAACUACUUAAGGAACAGCCAAACUUUGUUAACAAACUCGAGAUUGUAGAAGGUGAUUCUAGCGAAGAUAACCUGGGUAUUGAUGAUAAGACCUGGGCGAGGCUGAGUGAUGAGGUCAACAUAAUUUUUCACGUUGCAGCGUCCGUAAAUUUUCGCGAAUCUCUUAAAAUAGCGACUUUCACCAACAUUAAAGGGACCAGAGAGAUUCUAAAAUUAGCUAAGGCUUGCAAGCAUUUAAAAUCGGUUGUCCACGUUUCUACAGCGUACUCCCACGCCACAAAGGAUCGUAUUAAAGGAGAUGUUAAAGAUGAUUUCUACCAGAGUCCAAUACCUCCUGAAACAAUGAUACAACUCGCUAAAAGUGUGGGUGACGAUAAACUUGAUGCCAUGAUCGAACCAUUUAUGGAUCAAUGGCCAAAUAGUUAUGCAAUCACAAAAGCAGUCGCUGAAGAGCUCGUCAGAGUCAUGGGAGAAGGCUUGCCUAUUUGCAUCGUUCGACCAGCAAUCGUGGUAUCUGCGUACAGGGAACCAAAGCUUGGAUGGGUUGACGUUAAAAAUGCGUAUGGACCAAGCGGGGUUAUUAAAGGUAUACAAUUUGGUGCAAUCACUUUCUUCGGUUUUGACAAUUUACAAAAACAAUGA